CUACAGCAUCAUCAUUGGAAGUAAUGCGGUAGCCGCUGCUGUUGGUUGAAGAACUUCGGUCACAUCGGUAUCUUUCAGUUUCGCUCUAAAAUAGGGCGACUGCCCGGCUUUUGCUCCGUGGAUUUAAAUCAGUUUGGACGUUUAUUCAGUUGUUCUCAGGGGGUUUCACUUAAUAGAAUAUAAAUAGCACUUCCCAGGGACAGCGACAGAACAACACAAUGGCUCUUAAAAGAAUUCACAAGGAGUUAAAUGAUUUGGCACGGGAUCCACCGGCGCAGUGUUCAGCAGGACCAGUAGGAGAUGACAUGUUCCAUUGGCAGGCGACAAUUAUGGGACCAAAUGACAGUCCAUACCAAGGUGGCGUAUUCUUCUUGACCAUUCACUUCCCCACUGACUACCCCUUCAAACCACCAAAGGUUGCAUUUACCACAAGAAUCUACCACCCAAACAUUAACAGCAAUGGCAGCAUUUGUUUGGAUAUUUUAAGGUCACAGUGGUCGCCAGCACUUACCAUCUCCAAAGUUCUGCUGUCCAUUUGCUCGCUGCUAUGUGACCCGAACCCAGAUGACCCCCUAGUGCCUGAAAUCGCCCGCAUCUACAAGACAGACAGGGAAAAGUACAACAGGAUAGCUCGGGAAUGGACACAAAAGUAUGCAAUGUAGCUUCGGGGCAGGAGAUUUCGAGGACCAGCCUCUAUCUAUGAGGACUAGAGGCACAUUGACCAUGAAGAGGAAGAAGUCAUGUUGGUUUCCAUUAAGUGUUUUCUUUGAGCCACACCUUCUCUCUCCUCCUCAUCUUUCUCCUACAUUCCCAUCUUUUACACGCCCACCACCCUGCCCAAGCCAUGUUGUACAUAUUUCCAAUUGCAAAUUGUAUUACCUCCAACCCCCCACACUCACUCACAUGCACACAUCCCAAUAUUUCUCUGCCCUCUUCCCAGUCCCUCUCGCUCUCUUGUCUUGUCAUUAUCUCCACCAAUGAUUGGAUCACAUGAGACCACAAGGAACGGCAAACACUUUUUCUAUUAUUGGUGGGGUGUACACAUGCAUCUUAUAAUGAGCUGGUUGAAUAUGGUCACACCUUAUACCAGUAAUUACUGUUAGUUACUUAUCAGUUAGAAUACCUCUCACCCCUGUUUGCCAUGUAAAGGAGUUUUUAUUUGGACCAUGAAUUGAAGCACGUUCAUUUGAAGCUGAAUGAAAAAGCUUCGACAUAUUUUAUUUCCCUCAGCUUGUCGAGCUUUUUUGUCAAGUGGCUUUUUUUUCUUUCACUCCCACUUUUUUUCCCUUUUUUUCUUUCUGUUUUACUAUCGAUCUGGAUAUGCAAGGAUAUGUAGUCCUGACAGACACACACACCUGUAUAUUUAAUUACCUGAGAGCUCGUCAAGCUUGUGUGUUGAUUAAACUGUGUAAUAAAAAAAUGAUUACUUAAAAUGUA